UGGAUGACUUGCAACCUGCUUCCAUUGUCGUUUCCGCGUCUAGUGCUGUAGAUGUCAGUUCUGAAACGGACGGACAGGAUCAGUUUGGUCUGUCAUCUAAUCCUACUCUGGAAGGUCACAUGAAAUCAGUAGAUGAAGUGGAACCUUCAAGUAGGACCGCACAGUUUUUAAGAGGAAAAGGCUUUGGAUGGUUGUUGGAAAUAGACGAAAGUACCGAUGACGAAGAUAAACCUUUGCUGGAAGAACUUGAUAUUGACAUAAAAGAUAUAUUCUAUAAGCUUCGCUGCAUCAUGUUCCCAAUGCGGUUCUUGGGAUUUAAGCGAGCAGUUGUCAAGGACAGACCUGACUUUUGGGGUCCACUACUGGUUGUGUUAUUAUAUGCUGUUGUGUCUCUGUAUGGCCAGUUCAAGGUUGUGUCAUGGAUUGUUACUAUUUGGUUUGUUGGUUCAUUCAUCAUUUUCUUACUUGCUAGAGUUCUUGGUGGAGAGGUUUCCUACACGCAGUGCCUUGGAGUUAUCGGAUACUCUGUUUUGCCACUCAUUGUUAUUGCUGCCGUUCUGCCGUUGGCAACGCACUUUCCACCCGUUUGCAGCUUCACUUUGAAGGUUGUUGGUGUCAUCUGGGCUGCGUACAGCGCUGCAAGCUUGCUGAUUGACGAAGCUCUCAGUAAAAAGGCGUCACUGUUACUGUAUCCUGUGUUUCUGUUGUACGUAUACUUUCUCUCGUUGUACACUGGCGCGUAGAACAAUGCACAAAUGUGAUACGUGGGAAGUAGUUACGUGUACAGUAGAUUUAAUUAGCAGCUUCACCACAGUCCAUACUGCUGUGAUACCCAUCAUCCAAGUAAUCAACAUGAAAAGUUUAUGAGUUUGAGUUGAGUGGACUAUAAAAGACGAGAAAAUAUAAUGCAAACGA